GACUCCAUUCACUAAACAUGAAGGGGCUUUUCAUCUUCUGCACGCUUGUGCUGGCUGCUUUCAGCAAUGACAGCUUUAUUGGUGAUCAGGUUUUGCGGAUAACUGCUAACAGUGAGGAGCAGAUUUACAUGUUGAAAGAUCUGGCAGAGCUGGACCAUUUACAGCUAGAUGUUUGGAGGGAAGCAGUAAAACCUGAGGACAGCAUGGAUAUUCAUGUUCCACACAGCAGUCUUCAAACUGUGAAAGCCUUUCUGGAGUCACAUGGCAUCUCUUAUUCUGUCAUGAUUGAAGAUGUGCAGUCAGUUGUAGAUCAUGAGAGAGCAGAGAUGUUGGCAGCUCGCUCAACAGCUCAAAUAAGAAGCACCAACAGCUUUGAUUAUGCAAACUAUCAUACUCUUGAAGAGAUUUACAACUGGAUGGAUGAACUUGCCUCUGAGUACCCACACCUGGUCACUAAGGAACAGAUUGGUUCCAGCUAUGAAGGCCGACCCCUUUACAUCCUAAAGUUCAGCACAGGAGGAAACAAUCGUCCCAGUAUCUGGAUUGAUACAGGUAUUCAUUCCCGUGAGUGGGUUACUCAAGCCACUGGAGUUUGGAUGGCCAAAAAGAUUGCCAGUGAUUAUGGAAAUGAUGAGUCCAUUACUUCCAUUCUGGAUCAAAUGGAUAUUUUCAUUGAGAUUGUCACGAAUCCUGACGGCUUUCAUUUCACACACACAAAGAAUCGUAUGUGGCGUAAAACAAGGUCCAUCAAUGCUGGCACUUCUUGUGUUGGAGUUGAUCCUAACAGAAACUGGGAUGCUGGCUUUGGAGGACCAGGUGCCAGCUCUCAGCCCUGCUCAGAGACCUACCGUGGACCAAGGGCCAAUUCUGAAAAAGAAGUUAAAGCCAUUGUAGAUUUUGUGCAAGCCCAUGGAAAUAUCAAGGCCUUCGUCUCCAUCCACAGUUAUUCCCAGCUGCUGCUUUAUCCAUAUGGGUACACUUCCACACCUGUUCCUGAUAAGCAAGAACUGCAUGACCUUGCUCAAAGAGCUGUUUCUGCAUUGUCCUCAUUGUAUGGAACAAGUUACAGAUAUGGCAGCAUCAUCACUACCAUUUACCAAGCCAGUGGCGGAACCAUCGACUGGACCUAUAAACAAGGCAUCAAGUAUUCCUAUACCUUUGAACUACGCGACAAUGGGCGCUAUGGCUUCUUGCUUCCUGCUAACCAGAUUAUUCCCACUGCUCAGGAAACAUGGCUGGCUGUGAAGGUCAUCAUGGAGCAUACGCGUGACAAUCCUUACUAAUUGAAUUGGGUCACUGUGACUCUAGAGUUUAAUUCCCACCAUACACCAGACAGUAAUUACAAAUCAACUUUGCUUCUCCUUAGGAAAUGUUGAUUUUUAAACAACAAAUAAAAGAAUAAAGUACUCUACUUAGAAUUCCUCAGAUAACUUAUGUAUGAGACUUGGAAUAAAUUUAUUUCUGACAAAA